AUGAACCCCUUCCACCACACUUCUUCGAUGACUCUCGAUAGAGUGCGAAAGUUGAAUAUUACGGCACUGUGUACUGAUUACUCAAUUAUACCUUUGUUUAUUGCGUUCUAUCCUCCUUUCUUCCCACCAUGUAUUAUCUAUGUAUUGAACACUGUUAUCACCGAAAACGAGGUAAAACGUUGCCAUCGAAGAGCUCAGAACUAA